UCACAAUCUUCUUAUAAAAUCUAGACACAUUCUGCACCAAACCCUCCUCUUCUUCAUUCCUUGUCUCCUUCGCUUUGUGCCUGUGUUUCCUACAAUCAAUCAAUUAAAUAAAUCAAAAAUGGGUUGUGGGAAAUCCAAGCACGACGUUGCUUCAGGAAAUACUACUGUCCUCAAGCGCAAGAAAUCCAGUGUCAAACGUAACAAGGACCAAGAAAUUGGGGCACAAACUAAAGACGACAACAGCAGCAAUGUUAAUGAUGUGAAUCUGAAUUCUAGGGUGGAAGUACAGCAAGAUGGUGACAAGAUUGUCAACGAGGUUGUCGGAGGAAAAGUUGAUGAUGUUGACUCUGAUGGGGCGAUGAAAAGCAAAACUGGAAAUGCAAGUGUUGCAGAAGAGACAGUAUUGCAGAAAAACAAUGAUAUUGUUGCAGGUGAGAAUGUAAAUGUGGGAGAAGAAAAGGCAUUAGAGAAAAGUGAAGAAAUUGUUUCUGGUGAGAAUGCAAAGGAGGGAGAAGAAAAGGUGGUAGAGAAGAGCGAGGAAGUUGGUGUUGUUGUUAAUGAGGUUGAGAGCAAAACUGAGAGAGCAGAUAUGGAAGAAGAAGUUAAGGAAGAAGAGAAAAAGAACAAUCGAGUUGAUAGGGAAGAGGGACUUCUUCCGAAGGAAGUUUCUGAUGGGAAGUUUCAAGGUGAGGAAGACGAUGCCUUGAAGUUGUAUGAGAAUGAUCAGAAAGUGAAUGAUGCUGUUGUCGUGGAAGAGAAAAAGACUGAUGAUGGAAAAGAUGACGUCAGUGUAAAGGAAGGGAUUAUGGCCAUGGAAGAAGCCCCCAAAGACAUAACGAAUGUCCCAGCCUCUGAAGGUGAAGAGAAGGAUUUGAAAGCUGAAGAGGACCAAAAAGAAAAUCAGUCGAGCAACGAAGAUGUGAAGGCAAACUGAGAUCAAGGCUAGCUGGAGUUGACAUUCAUUGACUUGGUUCUUUCGUUUGCUUUUGUUGACCCUUCAUUGUAAUAUUUCAUUUGGUUCACUAUAAAUUGUAAUGCACGACAAAAUCUGAAACUUUCAGUUCUUCA